UGGGCCAGUCUAGCCCCAAAUUUGUACGGCUAGAGAAAACCCAUCUUCUUGAACCCUUGGCGGAGUGGUAGUGUGUAGCGCUUCCAUUUCUUUGCUUUCUCUCUCGAUCUUCGCUAUAAUCUCUCCUCCCUUCCAAUCCAUUCCACUCCUCGUCCGCGGCGGCAAAUUCUGGCCAGAUCAAGAUUCGUCGCGAGGAGCCUCGGAUUAGAUAGAUCGAUUCCUUUCUUUGCCGCGGCCGCGACGCUAAUCGAUCCGUGGCGCUAGAUAGUUGCGAUAUUUCGGGGCUGGAAGGAAGAAAGAUCGCAUCGCUUGGCUUGGAUUCCAAGGCUGUGACGAAGAAGAAGACGAAGAAGAAGAAGAAGAAGAAGAAAGAGAUUUCGCAAGAGAGGGGGAAGGGUCUUUGUCGGCGGCAAUAGCUUCGCUCGCGCGGCGAGAGCUCGAUGUCAACAACGGAGCUGAGCCACGCCUGGGGCGGCCAAGACGAUGCAUCGCGGCGAUUCAAGAGGUCAGCUUUGGAUCUGAGCUUGAGCAUUGGUGAUUUCCAGACGAAAAGACUCCACCAGGAGGAAGGGGACGAUCUUCCUCUCGCUCGCUUCGGUUCUCACCACAUCCUCUCGCCGGGCCAGGCCGUUCUUUUGGAGGUCAAGCCCGACGAGAGCUGCUGGACCCGGGAUCAUCCCAAAUUCCAGGAAUCGCCCAAAGAUUUGGAUUCUUGCAGCGGCACCAAUCAAUCCAAGCCCAGCGCCUCCGGGGACGUGGAAUGCAGCAGCCGGGAUUGGAUGUCGAGCCCUCCUCUCUUCGACAGUGCCAAGAGGCCGGCUCCUCCUCACGAUCAUCACCACCAAGGCUUGGUAGGAGGAGGGAUGAUCUCAGUUCCUCCUCCAUCUCUCGAUUCCUCGCCGACGGCUUUCGGCGGCCAGGCGUCCGAGCCGCGGGUCUUCCCUUGCCCGUAUUGCCAGCGCAAGUUCACGAGCUCGCAAGCGCUGGGCGGCCACCAAAACGCCCACAAGAGGGAGCGCACCGCGGCGAGGCAAGCGCAGCGAUCUCACAGCCUCGCGCAGGCCUACCGCCACAUCCACUCGCCCAUCCUGGGCUCCGGGGCCAGCUCCCUCGACAGGAAUCUCGGGGUGAAAGCCCACUCGGCCGCGCAUCUCACCGCCACCACGCUGAUCGAGAACGCUGUGCGAUCGGCCAAUGGUGGCGGCGGGGGAAGCCCAGCGCCGGCUCUCCCGACCGGGCACCACGGAUGGCUGCGACCAGCCUCGAUCUCAUUGCAGCCGGCGGUGGGGAAGUAUCUGGGCGGAGGAGGAGGAGGAGGGAUGAGGAGCGGUGCUCGGUUUGAGGAUCUGGUUGGAGGGGGCAGGGGAUUUGGAGCAAGCUUCCUCGACGAGGAUCUUCCGGGCGUGGCCGAGGACAAUGCCACCACCACCGCCACCACCACGGCUCACAAGCAGAGUACCACGGCUACGAACUUGGAAGAUUUGGCGAGGGAUGGAGAACGGAGUGACGGUGACGGAGGUGACGGAGUUGGUGUCGGCGGCGGGGGGCUGUUUCAGUUGGAUUUGUCGCUGCGGUUGGGAUCUUUGUGCUCGUCGCAGACGUGUGAUCCGAUUUGA